AUGCCCAGCAACGAAGAGUCAUUUAACAAGGUCCGGAGCCCUUCAGCGGGCAAUGGAAAGAAGACUCCACGUUUGCCUAAGUGUGCCCGCUGCAGGAACCAUGGCUAUUCUUCUCCUCUGAAGGGUCACAAGCGUUUCUGUAUGUGGAGAGAUUGCCAGUGCAAGAAAUGCAGUCUGAUUGCAGAGAGACAACGUGUCAUGGCUGCCCAGGUAGCUUUGAGAAGGCAGCAGGCUCAAGAAGAGGAACUGGGAAUAAGCCAUCCAAUCCCUCUACCGAGCGCAGCAGAAUUGCUUGUGAAGCGGGAACAUGUCAGCAACAAUUCCUGCCCACUGCUGGAAAAUAAUUGUGCUCAGGCAACAAGUGUGACUAUUGCACUAGCAUCGACCAGCUCUACAGAGAACAGGAUGCUUGUUCAGGAUAUACCUGCUGUUACCAGCAGAGGGCAUGUGGACAGCACAUCUGACUUUGUCAUGGACUCUGCUUACUACAGUAACUUCUAUCAACCACCACUCUAUCCCUAUUACAACAAUCUGUAUAAUUACUCACCCUACCAAAUGGCUGUGGCUGCCGAUCCUACAAAUGCUGGUGAUUUGGGGGCCGUAGGUGGAGCACCAACAAAGAACAGUUUUAGGAGUAUCCCAGCUGCUUAUGUGCAAGCCCAGUCAGGAACUCAAUGGCAGAUGAAAAGCAAUGAUACCCGUCUUUCAGGACACAACACCGGCUCCCAGUACAGAAUGCAUUCUUACUACCCAUCAUACAUAGGGCAAAGCAUGGCCACACCUGCUUGUGUCCAACCCAUCUUCACCUUGGAGGAAAACCUAUCUUACGCUGAGGUCAAAGCAAGUGGAAAUGUUCAAGGACCAAGGAACCAGGUUAUUCAAGAAACAGUGUUUUCUCCACCGAGCAGCCAGGACUCUGGACUGGUUUCCUUGUCCAGCAACUCUUCAAUCAGCAGUGAGAACACCAAAGCUGUAGCCGAGUGUGAAGCCCCCCCUGGAGCCUCUCCUUAUAAAGUUACUACUAUUGCUGAUGAUGGGGAGUGA